UACACGUUAUUUUGAUAAUAUUCUAAAAAAAAAUCUAAAAUAAUAAAGUCCUCGUGAAACAUUCUUUUUUUCUUACUUAUACUGUCGUCAUCUUCAUGCGACUGAAGUUUUAGUCUUCCAGGAAGCGACUCUAAAAGGUAACGUUUGAUUUGAUAAAAGGAGAUCUAAACGAUGUCGGGAAGUUUUUAUUUUGUUAUGGUUGGUCAUCAUGACAAUCCUGUGUUUGAGAUGGAGUUUUUGCCAUCUGGGAAGCCUGAAUCAAAGGAUGAUCACCGUCACCUGAACCAGUUCAUUGCACACGCAGCGCUAGAUUUGGUGGAUGAAAACAUGUGGCUGUCCAAUAGUAUGUACCUGAAAACUGUGGACAAGUUUAACGAGUGGUUUGUGUCUGCAUUCGUCACAGCAGGACAUAUAAGGUUCAUCAUGCUGCAUGAUGUUCGACAAGAAGAUGGAAUCAAAAACUUUUUUAAUGAUGUGUAUGACUUAUACAUUAAGUUUGCAAUGAACCCCUUCUAUGAAAUCAAUGCACCAAUCCGCUCGACGGCGUUUGAGAGGAAGGUCCAGUUCCUUGGAAAGAAACAUCUCCUGAGUUAAUCGCUUUGAGCGGAUUCAGUGUGACAUUCAUCUUUUUGUCGUUUUCCUUUUGUGCAAAACUUGUGUAAAAAUGUUAUUGUCAAAGUUGUGGCUACAACUAUCUUUUGUUCAUUUUUAUUAAAUUCUGACUCUUUGAACCUCUGA